GAGAGAGAGAGAGAGAGAGAGAGAGAGAGAGAGAGAGAUUUGAAGAAGAAUGACAGUAGCAGCAGGAAUCGGGUACGCGCUGAUAGCACUAGGACCAUCUCUCUCCAUCUUCGUUUCCGUCAUUUCCAAAAAACCAUUCUUAAUUCUAACUCUUCUCGCUAGUACACUAUUAUGGCUUAUAAGCUUAAUUGCUUUGUCUGGUAUAUGGAGAGCUUUUCUUCCAUUCAAUCCAACUGCUGUUUGGCCUUAUGCAAUCCUCAUUCUCUCUUCUGUUGCUUUUCAAGAAGCUCUUAGACUUUUCUUCUGGAAAAUAUUCAAGAGGUUAGAAGAUAUGUUAGAUGCUUUUGCUGAUAGAGUAUCAAAGCCACAUCUUUUCCUGACAGAUAAGAUGCUGAUUGCUCUGGCUGGUGGUUUGGGUCAUGGUGUGGCCCAUGCCGUGUUCUUCUGUAUCAGCCUAUUAACUCCUGCAUUUGGUCCAGCUACAUAUUUUGUUGAUAAGUGUUCAAAAAUUCCAUUUUUCCUUCUUUCUGCGGUUAUCGCUCUUGCAUUUGUCACCAUCCACACCUUUUCGAUGGUCAUUGCAUUUAAUGGGUAUGCAGAGGGGAACAAAGUGGAUCGUUAUUUUGUUCCCAUUGUUCACGUUAUUGCAGGAAUGCUGACAAUGGUAAAUUUGGCACCUGGGGGUUGCGCUGUUGGCAUUCCUCUCCUUUAUUUCACUGCAAUCUUGACCUUAAUUCAUUGUGGGAGGAUGGUUUGGAGAAGAUUGACAGAAAACCCAAUCAGACCAAGUCACUCGUAGAGCAGGUUUAUAAAAGCCUUAGUGAGAGAAGCUGAAGUCUUUAGACAUUUUAUGUCCAGCAAAACUAAAUAGGUAAUUAGAUUAGUAAAGAGAUCAACAUUAACGCCUCAUAUGAAAUUUCACUUUAUGUCGAUGUUGAACUUUCGAAUUUUAGAAUAUAUACUCUGUUAAACUGGUGUAUUGUAACAAGUGUAUAUGUAUAUGUGUGUUUUCACCUUGAAAUGAAACCAUCUUUUAAGUUGCA